AUGACUACAGAGCCGCCUUACGGCGCAUACGGACAACCUCCCCACGGUGCACCGACUGGUCCUCCUCAGGGCUAUCAACAGCCUCCCUAUCCUCAACAGCAAUACGGAGCCCCUCAAGGCCAAUAUCCGCCUCAACAAGGUUACGGCCACCCUCCCCCGCAGCAGGGCGCAUCCUACGGUGCUCACUCCCCGCAACCCCCAGCUGGUUACCACGCUCCCUCUCCACAACCCCCUUAUGGCGCGCCUCCCAAUCAGGCCCCCUACGGCCAUCCUCCGCAAGGAUAUGGCGCCCCUCCAAACCAGCCUCCCUCCGGCGGUCCCGGCUACGGCGCACCCUACGGCGCGCCCCCAAUGGGCCAACCUCCAAUGGGACAACCCCAAGGUGGCAUGCCUCCGUACAUGGGAGCACCCUCAGUGCCAUCACUAGGCUAUAUUCCCGGUCAAACUGCACCAGGUGACUUCCGCCCUCAAGCCGAUGCACUCCGCAAAGCAAUGAAGGGCUUCGGCACCGACGAAAAGGCCCUCAUCCAGAUUCUCGCACCCCUCGACCCGCUCCAGAUGGCCGCCGUGCGCGCCACCUACUCCUCCCAUAUUGGCCGCGAUCUCUACAAAGAUGUCAAGUCCGAGUGCGGCGGCUACUUCCGCGACGGUCUCCUUGCCGUGAUCGAGGGUCCAUUGAUGCACGACACAGCCUGCGCGCGCGAAGCUAUCGACGGGAUCGGCACCAAGGAAUGGCUCAUGAACGACAUCCUCCUCGGCCGAUCCAACGCUGACCUUAACGCGAUCAAGACCGCCUACGAGCGUACCUACCGCCGCCAGUUGUCCAAAGACGUUGAAGGCGAUUUGUCAUUCAAGACCGCUAGCCUCUUCGCGACUGUUCUGCGUGCCCAGCGCCACGAUGAGUCCAUCCCGCCUAAUCCGCACGCGAUGGAGAACGAGGCGCGCAUCCUGCACGAGGCUACCUCGGCUCGCAUGGUGAACAAUGUCACCGAGGUGUGUGCGAUCUUUGCGCGCUCCUCGGAUAAUGAGAUCCGCGCCAUUGACCAGGCCUUCCAUGCGCGUUAUCACGCUUCCCUCGAGAAGCACAUUGAAAAGGAGUUCGCUGGCCACAUGGAAGAUGCUUUGCUGCAUAUGUACCGCACAGCCAAGGACCCUGCUAUGCGCGAUGCCAUUCUACUCGACGAAUGCAUGUCGGGCAUGGGAACCAAGGACGAGCGCCUGGUCGUGCGUGUUGUCAGAGUCCACUGGAACAGGAACCACAAGGAGCAGGUUAAGCGCGCUUAUCACCACAAGUAUGGAAAGCACUUGAUUGAGCGUGUACGCGGCGAGACUACGGGCGAUUAUCAGCGUUUGAUGGUUGCUUUGCUUGAAUAG